AACCAAAGAUUUUCCGCUGUACAUAUAUACUGAGAUAAAUACUAUUCAUUUGUACAUACAGCCAACGCACACCAAAUGCGACAAACUCGUUUCAAAUCGGCUUGUUUGUCGAACAAUACGAGUACAUGCCACAGCGCAACCUACGCCGAAUGAAACAAAACAAAACAAGUCAAGACAGAAAUACACGUUUCGAUGCUUAUUGCUCCAUCAUCUGUUUCGUCUGUUUUCAUAGAUUUUCAUUGCGUAUACGAGUUGAGUUAGAAUGAAUAUUGACGCGGAAAAAUUAUUGUAUUUAAUCGAAUCAAGAAGCCCCAUAUAUAAUAAUAAAAAUAAAGAGCAAUCAAAUAAAUUAAUAACGGCAAAAUUAUGGGACGAAAUAGCUACCGAAAUGAAUUGUGAUGUAGCAGCAUGCAAAAAUAAAUGGAUAAAUUUACGAAACUCAUAUUCGCGGUAUCUGAGGGAAGAAAAAGACAAACCAUCUGGAUUGAGUGGUAAGCAAAGGCGGAAGUGGUACUUGGCAGAUGCUAUGUCUUUUUUAAAAAAAUCUGUGCAUCAGCAUCAUGGUUUGAACAGUAAUUCAGAUAGCUCUUAUAUCAAAGAACAAACAGUCGACAUGUCGCAGAACGAGUUUAAGGAUGUUUUAGAUGAAGAAACUGUAAAUAGUGGUAGAAGCAGUCCAAUACCUACGAAGAAUAAUAGAACAUCACUAACUGAGAUGGUAGCAGAACAAAUUAGUGAGUAUCUUCACGCCAAAACGAAGAAGAAACUAAACGAAAAUGGGAAUGCAUUAUUUUUUAAAAGCUUGCUCUCUGAUUAUGAAAAACUAUCCAGCAGAAGGCAGAGAGUAUUCCGAAUGCAUAUGGUAAAUAAAAUGAAUGAACUUCAAGAAGAAGAAGAAAAUGAUUAUUUAAGUGCCUCAACGCCAUACGUAGUUAAUGAAUGCAAAUAAAUAUUUGUGUAAUUAAUUAUUUAUUUUUUCAUAUUGAUCAUUGUAAUAAUAAAGUAUUUUGAAUUAAAAAUAUGUACAUAUAUGAAUUUAAGGUUUAAA